AUGUCUACAAAUUUCCCGCCAGAAACACUCCAAGAAAUAUUCUGGAACCUCAAAGACGACGCAUCCACACUACACUCUUGUCUACUAGUGAAUCGUCUCUGGUGCGACAAUGCUAUCGUCGUGUUAUGGUAUAACCCAUUCGAGCUGUGUCCGUCGGCGAAACUCUUGAAUGCUUUGUUGCCGUUUAUACACGGCCAACGGAUUCUAGAAAAUAAAAAUGGAACGUUGAGAUUAUCGCCGAAACCAUUGUACUAUUAUCCCGGGUUUCUGCGUGUGUUGUCGAUUGGUGCUAUUUAUCAGACGGUGGCUGACUGGUCUUGGACAUCGAUACAUUGGCGAAAUUUACUUACUUUGGUUCAUCGUGAUGACGAUACUGAUAGUUAUGAACCCACAAGUGGUAUUAAUAAUAAUAAUGAGGAUGAGACUAUCACGGAAGAGGAAGUAAGGCAACUUCAACCACAACCACCAUUACAACGCCCAUGGAAUAUUUUUAGCAUGUCAAUAGAGAUUUGUAAUUUCUUUUUUCGAAAAUCACGACGAAUUGAGCGUCUUUCACUUUGGUGUACUGAACGGUCGUGCAAUCAAAGAUUCAUGCCACAUUUCCAUUAUAACGGUUUUCAUCGUAUAGAAUGCGACAAUCGACGUCUACCCUGGAAAAAAUCACCGAAUUGUCUUUCCGGCUUAUCAGCAUUCGAAUGCUUUGGCCCAUUCGAUCAUCAAAAACUUUUUGACGAUGUCGCCCAAAACUGCAAGCACAUUGAAUCGAUAAAAAUCGCCGAAGAUUGGAGUCAGACGCUUCGUGAUUUCGAUUUCCCGAAUGAGGAUAGACGCGAGGCGUUAAAGCGACUAUUGGAAGACCAGAAAAAUCUCAAGGAAGCCGAUUUUGAGUUUAUGGCUCGACGAAUGACCCCGAUUCUCGUCGGACUUGAGAGCCAAGCACGAUCAUUGACACGACUUGUGUUUCAGAGAAUAAAUUUUGGCGAGUCGUUCACGUUGGAGCCGAUAAGUAAAUGUACAAAUUUGGAAGAAUUGCGGUUUAUUAACUGUUUUUGGGUGACCAAGGAUGCAUUGGCACCACUCACCCAUGCUCAAUUUUCGAAAUUGAAAAAAUUCGAGUUCUGCGAGGCACCACUUCAAGUUGCGCACCAUGUUCCACCAAUAAAUGAACUAUGCGCGAUAUUUCGAAACCUCGGCUCCAGUCUACAAGAACUAAAACUUGAUUGCGGCCGAAUACAAUACGAAAGUCUAUUUCAAAAAGUGGCCACCUUUAAUCCAGACAUCAUCAGUCUACAACUAAACAUUCCCUCGUCUAAAACCUCAGUUCUCAUUGGUGUCCUAGACUACUGGCCGCUACUAAGCACCCUUAUUGUCACUGUGGAAGAUCUCUGUUUCUCCGAUUUCUUUAACGCGGACCGGGGAACCGAGCUCAGUAAACGAUUGUCGCGUAAUAUCGAGACGUUGCAUGUUGAAGAUUGGAUUAUUGGGGUAGAGGAGUUGGAUAUGUUUCUUGAAAAGUGCGGGGAUAAUUUGAAGAGCUUUAAGUUUCGGAUUUCGGGUUUAAGGGAGCACUAUCGUAAGAUUAUCAAGCGAUAUGCUGUGAAAAAAAGAGUUCGUCUAGAGCAACUCGAGUUCACGGAUGGUUGGUUGUGUCGCGAUUUCGCAGUUAUUGUCUUUGACAGAUAG